GGCGUAGUAAUAUCAUAACAGGCUGCCAUGCCCAUCUAACUUUUCAUGUGGCUGUUCUUUCUUCAACCCACUGCUGUGUUUGAAUAUUCGACAGGGAAUUCGGGUGAACGUCGUGAAAGGAUCUGAGGAUCUGCGAAUCGGGGCACGACUUACACCAAGAUAUUGCGAUAUUCGACAUGUCCAACCAUCACCCAUCGACUUCGAUUUCUCGAGCACGACUCACACAGUCAUUACCACCAUUGCCCGGAGAAGACGCAGUGCCCAUCGAGCCUUACCAUGAUGAUCCAGCAGACGAUGAGGAUACGGAGGACGGAGAAGGGAUGGAAGGAAACCAGACCGAUAUGAACGAACCUCCUGGAUAUGAGCCAAUGCACGAUUAUCUGGUCAGCAGAGUACGUCGAUUAGCUCAAAUGAGGCCUCCCGAGUAUGCACUAUCGUCGCAGGACCAUACACACGACAUACCACUUCAGCAUCAAGAACCUUACCGAGACGACCCCUUCAUUAUCACGAUAGACCCAAACCAACCUCCGCCGCCAUCUUACGAGGCUUUAUAUAUACAAACACAAAGAGAAUUAGAGAUAUUGAACGAGGAGAUAGAUCCAGACAUAAGCCAUGCCGAGGAUGUCUGCAAAUGGCUGGUUAGCAUGAUUUUGAUUACUUUGACAAUUAUUGCUGUUGGUUUUGCAUUCAAUUGGGGGCAUCCAUUUUAGAACGGCCCAAUCGAACGCCGACGAUCGUACAGUUCAGAAGUAAGGGAGGACAAGAGUGGAAUUAUACCCGGCUUAUGGAAACGGAAACGGAAAUGGGAGCUUGGAGUUUGGAGUUUGGAGUUUGAAAUCUACAGUUUGAGUAAGAUCUGGAAAUAGGAUAACGGUUUGGAAGAGGCGGCUCACCCAAAGAUUGUGUCUACUAGAUUAGAAUACAAUUACAACAUGUUUUGCCUA